AUGUUGCGGCGCCGAUUACUAGAACUCACUUACUGCAUAUCUUAUAAUGUAAAUUUUCUUCACGAUAAAGUACAUGGAGCAAAACAGUUUCGUAAAAAAUACAAGUUGCUUGAAGAACUUGGCCGAGGUGGGUUCGGCAUUGUUUAUAAAGCUGUACGUAACGAGGAUAAUGCUCCGGUUGCUGUUAAAUUUAUUGAACAUAAACGAGUGAGAGAGUGGACAGUGAAAUGUAAGCAACUAAUUCCGACGGAAAUCUGUUUGCUGGAUAUCUGCCGCAAUGUGCCGGGAGUCGUGCGAUUACUCGACUGGUUUGCCAAUUCGAAAGGGUUUUUGAUAGUAAUGGAACGACCUGAGCAGUGUAUGGAUCUAUUUGACCUGAUUUCCAUUUAUGGAUAUGUGGACGAAGAUAUUGCUCGUUCUAUUUUUUUACAACUACUAAAUACUACGUGUCUUUUGUACAACACACAUGGUAUAUUUCACAGGGAUAUUAAGGACGAAAAUAUCAUAAUUAAUAUGGAUACAGGCGAAGCUACGCUCGUAGACUUUGGAGCAGCAGCACUCAUUUCCGAAGCUUGCAUUAAGGAGUUUCAAGGUACACGUUCAUACUGUCCCCCUGAAUGGUUCAAACGUCUGGCUUAUAUGCCAUUAGAGGCUACGGUAUGGUCACUGGGAAUAGUACUGUAUGUGAUGGUUUCAGGGCGUUUACCAUUCCAAAAUGAAAUACAGAUAUGCUUAGGCAGAUUGAUUAUUCCAAAACAUAUCUCAAAAGAUUGCGAGCAUUUGCUUCGUCAAUGUCUUGCAGUAACGCCAUCAAGACGACCGAAUUUGAUGGCAAUUUGCAGUCAUCGAUGGUUGAAUCAACCUGUUGUUGAACAUACUGAUUCUUUUAAAACAGUCCUUCAACGGAAUCUUCAAAAGCGACGUCAAGAUAGAUUGUCUAGAUGCAAAGAAAGUGCUGAAAAUGCAAUUAAAAAUAACGAUGGCAACAAGUUGGAAGCAAAAGAUUAUCCGUCAACCAGAAUCAAAAGAUCCAGCAGCGAUAUUCUCAAUGAUGCCCGUUCCAUAACGCCACUUCUACCUCACAUAAACAAUGUAUGGAAUUCAGAACUGCUAAAGAAGCAUCGCCGUCAUUCGAGCUAUGAUAAUAUCGUGAUGAGUAUACGUACUGAUAUGUUCGCUUUACGCGAUUGUUACGAUACCGAUAAUAAUGUGUUGAUCAGUCCUAGUUCUAUUGAGGAGGAAUCUUCUAAAUCAUGGAAACAUGUUGAUUCUUCAUUCUGCUCGAUAAGUGAAUCAUUCUCGAUGAUUAGUGCUGAUCGACAGAACUCAGAAUCUUAUGCAACGGCAUUAGAAGACAUAAAAGAAUCUUUAAAUGGAGAAUCAAAAGAAACAGCACAAAGUUUACCACUUACUGCAAAGAGCAAUUUGAACAAAGAAGGAGUUGUACAAGUAAAUGGUCCAGAUAGGCCUGAGAACUGUAAUCCAAGUAAGAAAGUAAUGAAUUCCCGAUUAGUAGCGAAGCACUGGCCACAUAAAACUAUGCUCUCGUCAAAAUACAGACCUUUGAAGUUACAACGGUCGACCCCAUUGCCAGCUGACGAACAAUGCAAAAUUGAAAGUAAAUGUGCGGGAAUUGUUAGAGCUAAGCCUUAG